CAGCCCUGUCGGCCACCCACCAGAGCAGCAGCUGGGCUAGCAAGACAAACAGCUGGACCACCUUCCCCCAGGGCUUCAGAAUGGACCUGUGUCGUGCAGAUCCAGCUGAGCUCAGCAGUGGGGAGGUCAAGGAGCUACAGCAGAUCAAAUGGCACCGGAAGCAACUACUGGAGGACAUCCAGAAGCUGAAGGAUGAAAUUGCAGACGUGUUUGCCCAAAUCGACUGCUUUGAGAACACCGAGGAGAGCCGGAUGGCGCAGAAAGAGAAGGAGAUGUGUAUCGGGCGGAAGAAAUUCAACAUGGACCCUGCCAAGGGCAUCCAGUAUCUCAUUGAGCACAAGCUGCUGACCUCUGAUGUCCAGGACAUCGCCCAGUUCCUGUACAAGGGUGACGGCCUCAACAAGACGGCCAUUGGCACCUACUUGGGAGAAAAGGACCCCAUCAACUUGCAGGUCCUACAGGCCUUUGUGGACUGCCACGAGUUUGCCAACCUCAACCUCGUUCAGGCCCUCAGACAAUUCCUGUGGAGCUUCCGGCUGCCUGGUGAGGCCCAGAAGAUUGACCGAAUGAUGGAGGCCUUCGCUGCUCGCUACUGCCUCUGUAACCCAGGUGUCUUCCGGUCCACAGACACCUGCUACGUGCUGUCCUUCUCCGUCAUCAUGCUCAACACCGGCCUACACAACCCCAACGUCCGGGACAGACCGCCCUUCGAGCGCUUCGUGUCCAUGAAUCGCGGUAUCAACAAUGGCAGUGACCUGCCUGAGGAGCAGCUGAGGAACCUCUUUGACAGCAUCAAGAGUGAACCCUUCUCCAUCCCGGAGGAUGAUGGUGGUGACCUCACCCACACCUUCUUCAACCCUGACCGUGAAGGUUGGCUACUCAAGCUGGGGGGCCGUGUGAAGACAUGGAAGCGACGCUGGUUCAUCCUCACAGACAACUGUCUCUACUACUUUGAGUUCACCACUGACAAGGAGCCUCGGGGGAUCAUUCCUCUGGAGAACCUCUCAGUGCAGAAGGUGGAUGACCCCAAGAAGCCGUUCUGCCUGGAGCUGUACAACCCGGAAUGCCGGGGCCAGAAGAUAAAGGCGUGCAAGACUGACGGGGAUGGCAAGGUGGUGGAGGGGAAACACGAGUCCUACCGCAUCUCAGCCGCCAACGCCGAGGAGCGCGAUCAGUGGAUUGAGGCCAUUAGGGCCAGCAUCACCCGUGUCCCCUUCUAUGACCUGCUGUCUGCUCGGAAAAAGAAGAUCGCCAGCAAGCAGUGAGCUUCCGGGAAGCGGCUCUGGCAACCCCGUAGGACCUGUGGUAGCUGGACAGACACCUCUCACCCACUGCACCUGUUCCUGCUCACAAACCUACUCCUCCCCAUCACUGGAACUGGCUACGGGGGAUGUGGAACCUUGGAGGGCACAGAGCUCACAGGGAAACCCCUGAUACCUGCGCUGCUUGACAAUAAGAACCUCAGCCGAGGGUGAGGACGGGAAGACGAGCCAGCCCAGAGCCCACUACCAGUGUGUCCCACCCUCUCCUUCCCCAGCAGGAGGAGCAUGGGUUCCCUGGAAGCUUCCAGUUCAGAGGCACCCAGGCCCUCAGACCGGGCCAGGCCCUCCCUGCCAGCACCAGGUACCAGCAUACACACCAGCUCCGAGCCUGAAGCUUCGAACACAGCCCUCUGCUGAAUCACAGCCCUUCUCUGGGUCUUACAAAAUGGGGUGUUUGGACAGGAAACAUCUUGGCCCCGGCUGCCUUUGGUCAGCUUGGCUUCCGGGGGGACCUGGGACACCAGGUGACUGAACCAGACAGACUGUGCUGGGAGGUUCUGAGGACAUUGCUGGCACCAUUUUCAAGGGUGUUGACAUGUGAAGAGGAGCAGGGGGGACCCUCGAGGCAGCGGUGGUAUCUGCGGCUGGCAGAUCUGAGCUACAGCUGAGAGAAAACGCUCCAGGCUCUGCCCACCAGGAGGGCUGCCUGGAGGCCACAGUGAGCCAGCUGGUAGCAUAGGAAUGAUGCUUGGACAGACUCUUGCAAGCCAUGGCACCACUACUAGAUGCCCGGCUGGCAAAGCUAGGGUAGCGAAGGGCUACAGAAUGGUUCCUUGUUCCUGCCUCCUGCCAGAACAAAGCCAGCUUUCCAUACACGGCACGCCCCUGUGUCCCCAGGGAGGCCUCACCUGGAGACUUCUCCCCUAGAGAGCGCUUGUACCUUCUCUCCUGCCUGAGGAGCCCCCCCCCCCAGAAAACUCCUCAGCAAGGCUGCAAGAAACGGGGCUCCCUGUGUCCUGGGCCAACCCGGGCCCUAAGCAGAAGCAGCAGGUGACCAGGCUGCCUCAUCCUCCGCAGGAGCCCACAUGUGCACACUUCCUCAAGGUCAGGAAGAGAAGUGUGGUAGGGGGGGUAAGACUCCUGUCUCUGGACGGACAUACUCCUGGGAGCUGGGGCACCGACAGACAGAGCCCUUGCUGGACAGUUGGGGACUUGAGCUGAGCCCACCUCAGCUGCCCCCGUUUAGGAGUUAAAUGACCCUUAAAUGUUCCUCUGCCUCCGGCAUGUGUGUGUGUACAGAGGCUGUGGGACCUUUGCCGCCCCCUCCUCUUCUUCCCCAGCACCAAGGUGGGGGGGGGGCAUCAGUUUAUUUCCUGUUCUGACACUUGGAAGCAAGAAUAA